AUGGCCAUCGCACGCUCCACAGUUCCUCCCCCCGGCGUCUACACGCCCAUGCUCACAUUCUUUAACCACGACGAGUCGAUCGACCUCGAGUCCACCGCCUUGCAUUCCCUUCGCAUGGCUGAGGCCGGAUGUGUCGGGGUCGUGAUACAAGGGUCGAACGGCGAAGCCGUUCACCUGGACAACGAAGAGCGUGUCACCAUUAUCCGGACCGUUCGUGCUGCCCUCGACAAGGGCGGAUACAACAGUACCGUCAUUGUUGCAGGCAUUGGCACGCAAUCCAAGAAACAGUCUGUCACCCUUGCCAGGGAGGCGCACGCUGCUGGUGCCCGGUUUGGACUCUUGCUCCCACCCUCGUACUGGGCUGCUGCUAUGCAGCGACCGGUCCUCGAGGCGUACUUCAAGGACGUCGCUGACGAGAGCCCCUUGCCGAUCGUCAUCUACAACUUCCCGGCCGUAGCGAACGGUGUCAACAUGGACUCGGACCUCAUGAUCGCUUUGGCCCAGCACCCCAACAUUGUUGGCGCCAAACUAACAUGCGGCUCCAUGGGCACCCUCAACCGCGUCUGUGCCAACGUGCCGCCCACUGACUUUGCCUGCCUGGGAGGCAAGGCUGAGUUUGCACUCCAGAGCUACGUCGGCGGCUCCCCAGGCCUCAUUGCUGCUCUGGCCAACUUGUCCCCCAAGGUGCUCGUCGCCCAGUACAAUGCCUACAUGUCGGGCGACCUUGCCCGUGCCCAAGAGCUCCAACGCCUUCUGGCCGACGCGGACCUUGCCCAGACGAAGCUUGCCAUACCUGGUCUCAAGGCCGCCGUCGUCAAGUACUUCGGCUACGGAUCCCCCCGCACUCGCUCUCCCCUUCUGGAUGGCGACAUGACCAAGGUCGAUGCACAGGCCGCCGACCUGGAUAAGCUGAUGGCUCUUGAGAAGAGCCUGUAG